AUGGCACUAGGAGGGUGGACGAUUGGCACAGAACCCCAGUGCAUUGUUCUGUUCGCUAAGGGGGUGAAGAGGCCAACUGAGGAGCCUCUGGCCGCAGAUGAUUUCUACUGCCUCCAAGGCAUCUUCACGGAGGAGGAACCUGACUGCGCCAGCGCCUCUGACCAGACCACCUCCAGAGGCGAUCGGCCACAGAAUCAUGCACCGGAAGUGGACGCUUGCAUGGAGAAUGUGCUGGUGGACUUUCGGCCGAUGUUUACCACAACUCCGGGCUGCACCAUCCUCGCUCAGCAUCCGAUAGACACGAGAAAGAGUCCGUCCGUGCGCUGCAAGCUGCGCCCUGUCAACGCCAAAAAGCAGAAAAUCAUCGACGGCUGUGUGCAAGACUUGUUGGAACAAGGACUCAUCCGCCAAAGUAACCGCCAGUGGACAAGCGCACCAGCGUUGGUGGCAAACAAGUCAGGUGGCUUCAGACUUGCCAUCGAUUAUUGGCCACUCAACGCAUGUACGAGGGAACCAGUCUACCCCAUGCCCAGGACGGACUGGCUGCUGGCAUAA